GAAAUGCCCAGGCCUGAUCCGCCGCCGCCGCCGCCGCGCUCCGAUCUCGGGUCGGACUUCGGAGUUUGAGCCCCGGAGAUUCAUGCAGGCUUUAAUCAUGAGCUCCAAAGAGGCUGUGAAAUCUGCUGCCAAAGAGUUUAUCCAGUUUGUCAACAAAGGAGUGUCGCCUUAUCAUGUUGUGGAGGAGUGUAAACGGCGUCUGUUGGCGGCCGGAUUCAUCGAGCUCAAAGAGUCGGAGCAGUGGGACAUCAGACCCUCCAGCAAAUACUUUGUGACCCGGAACUACUCCAGUCUGAUCGCCUUCGCUGUCGGAGGGAAGUUUCUGCCCGGAAAUGGAUUCUCGAUGAUUGGAGCUCACACAGACAGUCCCUGCCUCAGAGUGAAGCCGCGGUCGAAGCGCUUGAAGCACGGCUGUGUGCAGGUGGGGGUGGAGUGUUACGGAGGAGGAAUCUGGAACACGUGGUUCGACCGAGACCUCACUGUGGCCGGACGCGUCAUGGUCAAGAGUGGAGAUUGUCUGGUCCACCGUCUGGUCCACAUCCCUCGUCCCGUCCUCAGGAUCCCAAAUCUGGCCAUUCACCUCCAGAGGGACGUCAACGACUCCUUCGGCCCCAACAAAGAGAAUCACCUAGUUCCCAUUCUGGCCUCUGCCGUUCAGGAAGAGCUGGAGACUGGAUCUGCUCCGUCUGGAGACGCCAGUGCUGCCAACAACACGGCGGAGAAACAUCCUCCUGCUCUGCUGAAGCUCCUCUGCUCUGAGCUCUCUGUGGAACCAGAACAUCUGCUGGACUUUGAGCUGUGCCUCGCCGACACUCAGCCCGCGGCUCUGGGCGGAGUCUACGAGGAGUUCAUUUACUCUCCUCGUCUGGACAACCUGCACAGCUGCUACUGCGCCCUGCAGGGUUUGCUGGACUCGUGCUCUGGAGAUUCUCUGUCCAACGACCCGAACGUGAGGAUGAUCACUCUGUACGACAACGAAGAGGUCGGCUCGGAGAGUGCACAGGGCGCUCAGUCCAACCUGACGGAGCUGAUCUUGUCUCGAGUGUCGUCAUCUUCCUCAAACCUGACGGCGUUUCAGCAGGCGGCUCCUCUGUCCUUCAUGAUCUCUGCGGACAUGGCCCACGCCUGCCACCCCAACUACUCAGAGAAGCACGAGGAAAACCACAGACCAACUUUCCACAAGGGUCCUGUGAUAAAGUUCAACAGUAACCAGCGCUACGCCACCACGGCCGUGACCGCCGCCGUCGUGAGGGAGGUGGCCAGUCGAGUCAACGUCCCGCUGCAGGACGUGAUGGUGCGUAACGACAGUCCUUGUGGCACCACCAUCGGUCCGAUCCUGGCCGCUCGUCUGGGGGUUCCCGUCGUGGACAUCGGGGCUCCUCAGCUCUCCAUGCACUCCAUCCGAGAGAUGUGCUGCACCUCCAGCGUCCUGCAGAGCACCACCCUGUUCAAGGGUUUCUUCGAGUAUUUCCCGUCGGUCCGGAAGUCUCUGGUCGUGGAUUAAACUCGAGAUUAAACCAAAAAAACCCGGAGAGCAGCGUUUUCCUCAAACCAUCAUCGCUCGAGCUAAACUCCGGAGACGUUUUAAAGCACUUAUGGUGAUGGUGUCAGCGGCAAUAAACUGUGAAAGAUU